AUGGCUCUCGAGUCCCACAGACACAGGGAACCGAGCGGAACCUACACCUUCUCGAGCCGUCCCAGAGCCGUCGAGAGCCGGUCCAAGUACAGAGAACCUCCGGCCGAACAGAGACAGCGGCAGUAUGGAAACAUCAUGUAUGAUCCUCGAGUUGUCCGAAGGAACACCGCCGCUCAGCAGUUCCCACAAACAACAGCCCAGGCAGACCUCGCUGAGAGACAAAGACAGCAGGCGAACAGGAAAAGGCCCAUCGCUCGAAGACUGACCAUAGAGCAGCUCAGACUCAGGACUGCUGAAUCCCUUCAGGCCAGAAAACACAUUGAUGUGCAGACAGAUCUUUACCUUGAAGAACUGAGUGAGGUCAUUGAAACUACAGACAUCGAAUGCCAAACUGAGGAAUAUCUGGAUAAACCAGCGACUCCGCUCUUCAUACCUGCCAAAUCUGGCAAAGAUGCUGAAACACAGAUAGAGGAGGGAGAUUUGUUUGACUUUGACACUGAAGUCCAGCCGAUCUUGGAGGUCCUGGUGGGAAAGACAAUCGAGCAGUCCCUGCUGGAGGUGAUGGAGGAAGAGGAGCUGGCCUGUCUGCGGGCGCAGCAAAAGGCCUUUCAAGAGCUCAGAAACAACGAGCUGGCGGAGGUGCAACGUCUUCAGGAGCAGGAGAGACGGCGCAAAGAGGAGAAAGAGCGUAGGAUUGCCCAGCAGAAAGAGGUGCUGAAGAAAGAGAGGGAGACAGCAGAGAAGAUCGCAGCCCGGGUGUACAGCCAGCAGUACUUAGCCGACCUCCUGCCUGCGGUCUUCACCUCUCUGAGGAACCAUGGCUACUUUUACGACCCCGUGGAGAAAGAUAUCGAGGUGAAUUUCCUCCCGUGGCUCAUGGCUGAGGUUCACAUCAAUUUAGAGAAGACAAACACAGCCAGAGAACUGCUGGACACUCUCAUCUAUGAAGUCACCCAGAAAAGACUGAAGGAGUUUAAAUAUCUGGAGACAGAGCCAAGCCAGACUGACUCUUGA